AUGAUCACCCUCGGUCUCCAAAGGAUCACUCAGCUCCUCAAUCCGCUAUUCACGGCUAACCCGACUCUACCCUGGAAAGCCGUGCAUAUCGCAGGGACCAACGGCAAAGGAAGCGUCGCGGCCCUAAUCUCGACGUUCCUCGGCCACCUGGGCUACCGGGUCGGCCGCUUCACGUCCCCCCACAUCAUCGAUCGAUGGGACUGCAUCACGAUCAACAGAAACGUUGUCGACCGCGCCAAGUUUUUAGGUGUUGAGCAGCACUUCCGUGACCGCAGUCUCAAGGAGGACAUCCGGGCCAGCGACUUCGAGAUCCUCACGGCGUCUGCGUUCCAGCUAUUCACGACGGAAAAUGUCGACGUUGCCGUGAUUGAGUGCGGCUUGGGCGGACGGGGAGACGCCACAAAUGUUCUGAGGGCAUGUGAUGUGCUCGUGAGCGUCAUGACGAAGGUGGGACUCGACCAUACCGAGUUUCUGGGGCAUACGAUCGAAGCCAUUGCGGCGGAGAAGGCCGGCAUCUUCAAGCCUGGCGUGCCUGUCGUUGUGGACCGAAGCAAUGCGGAAAGUGUCCUCGACGUGGUUGCCACGCAGCUGAAGAAGCUUGGUUGGGAGGAGAGAGAUGGGCAGGCCGGCGUGUACAAUGCCACUGAGGAACAGAGAAGGGAGUUGGACACUGUCAUCAGGGAAACGAGCAUGGCUCGUCACCAGGCGCAAAACCUGUAUACUGCCUGGUCUGCGUUUCGAUGCGCGGAGAAUAGUCUUGGGGCCACGCACGCUCGCAGACAACACCCGCUCCGGCCGGGCCACGCCACAAAGGCACAAAAUGACCAUAUGAACUCGGACGCUGUGCCUUCACCUUCACCACCUGAAUCAGUGAUGGCCUCCCUGGAUAGGGUCAUCAAGGAGGCACAGUCCAGCCUACCAGGCCGUCUCCAGUGGCUUACGUUACCCGGGGGACUCCUCCCUCAAGCUCUCGCAGAGGCAGACGCAGACACACACACAGACACAGAAAGCCACAGCCCAGAAAACGCUAGAGUCCUUCUCGACGGUUCUCACAAUGCACAAUCCGCCGCAGCGCUGGUGGACUAUAUCGACACCAAUGUACGCCCCAUGCAGCCAGGUCAGCCAGACCUUCGUGGGCCCGUGACUUGGCUCCUGGCCGUGAAGAACGACAAGGACGUCGAAGCCAUCCUGUCGAUACUAUUGAGGCCACGUGACAACGUCAUCACAUGCACUUUCGGCCCCGUGGACGGGAUGCCCUGGGUGAAACCCAUGCGUGCGAGCGAUCUAGCGGCCAAGGCGAGACGUUUCACGGAUGGCGUAGUGAAGGCUUUGCCUCUGCCUGCGCCUGAGGACGGAAUUCCCCAUGACAAGGGGGAUGAUCGAGACCUCCACGGCCACAACGCUAACGCUUACAUUGCCAACGCGAUACGAGAGGCUGUGAGGACCGCUGCUGCGACGCGUGGUCGUGUCUGCGUCACUGGCAGCUUGUACUUGGUUGGUGAUGUUUUGAGGUGUGUCAGGAACGCUGGCGGCGAUAUAUACGGGGGCGGAUAA